AUGACAACAUCAACCCCCACCACACCAAACCCCUACGAGCAACCGACACCCCGACCCCCACGGACCGCCUCCCACGCGGCCGCCGUGCGGCUUCGGAACCGACGCCGGGCCUACCUGGCCCGGCACCCGUCGUAUCUGACCUCGGCGGACCACGAGCUCGCCGACCCGCUGCUGUACGACUCGCUGGUGCGGCGGUUCCAGACGCCCGCCGAGCGCGAGGCCGACGGGCGCGCCAGGGGCUACGGCCGCGUGCUCGAGACGUCGCUGCUGCGCGGUGAGGCCAAGCUCGAGAGGCUGGCGGCCAGCUACGUCGACGGGCCCGCUCCGCCGCCCGGAUUAGUGGGUAGUGGUGGUGGUGGUGGUGGUGCGGCGGGGGCGGAGGCAUCGGUAGCGGCUCCGACGAACGGCGCAGCCGCAAGCGCGGAGAAUGGCGGAGGCAGGGAGACCAACUUUGCCAUCACGCAGGAUCUGAUCCCGGAUCCCAAGGAUGCCGAGGCGGGGCGUGAACAGUGGUUCGAGUUUCUGCGAGAUCGCUUUGUCAGUGGUGGCGACGACGAGUUUGAAUAUUCAAAUGUGGACGAGAACGAUGAAUAUGAUGACAUCGAGCGACAGGAUGCCGAAGAUGCAUGGUUCGACAAUGAGGUGCCGCAAUGGGAUGAUGACGGCGAUGAUGCGAAUGAGCCUGCCAGCGGCGGAACGAGACCCCGUGAACUGAAAGGGGAAACGGGAAUUCAAGACUUUUGA